AUGGCAGAAGCAACGACAACAACUAACGUAGCACCUACUAUAGCCGCACCGGCUAUACCCAAUACAAAACUGUCUACUCAUCGAUUUAAUAUUGAUCAACAAUGUGCAAUACAAGCGGUUACCGUCUAUAAUGAUCGUGCUGAAGUUACACGACUAUUACGACAUCAUUUUGAUGUUGAAGGUACUUAUGAUCUAAUAUUCGAAGGUUUUUCUCCAUUUGUCGAUCAAACAUCACUACAUGUGAGUGGAGGAACAGGCAAAGCAUGUACAAUCCUCGAAGUCUCAUAUCAAACAUGUUAUGAAAAUACAAAACCAGAAACUGAUUUAUCAUCAUUAGAAAAACUACAAAGUGAAUUUAACCAGAUUGAAGGUAGUAUUGGUGUUCAUCAACGAGAAGUAGCACGUCUUACUAAACAACGUGCAUGGAUUGAAGGACGAGCAUCAAAACUUAUGAAUCAAGAUGGACAAAUCAAUGUUAAUGACUUAGAUGCAAUGCAACAAUUUAUGGAUUUUUAUCGUAAGAACUUAUCGAACCUAGAUGAUGAAACAACAAAGGAAGAAAUAGAAAUGAAAAGAUUAACACAAGAACGAGAUGGAUUACAAACAAAAAUUAAUGAAUAUGGUGCUCAAGGUCAACUAAAUCGUCGAAAAGAACGUCGUGAAGUGACUAUUACCGUACAUAUAGGAGCACAGAAUAUCGAUGUUAAUUUAGAAAUAUCAUAUUUAAUAAGUAAUUGUUCAUGGAGUGCUAGUUAUGAUGUUCGUGUAAGUAGUAUAGAUGUCUCAAAACAAAGAACACAACUAACUUAUUAUGGUAUUAUUGUGAACAAAAGUCAAGAGAACUGGCCUGAUACACAGUUAUCAUUAUCAACAGCAACACCAUCACUUGGAGGAGCACCACCAAAACUAAAUACUUUAAAAGUUACCUACUAUCAACCUCGUUAUAACAAUUACCAAGAUUAUGAUAGCCUAAAAGAUGGCGCACAAUAUUUGACAGCAGCGGGUCUCUCGGAGUGCGGAUUGGUUGAAUCCUCUGCACGAAAAUCUAGAAAAUCUAAACCAUUUGCAAGUUUUCGAGGUCGAUCAUCUCUCAACCCUAAAAAUAUUCUUGAAGAAGAUGAGGACGAAACAUCAAAUGCAGUUAAUGUUCUAUCAACUACAACUGAAGCAAGUAUGUCUAGUAGCAGCUUUGCUAUUCCUCGAAGAUCAACUAUCGAUGCUGAUGGUAAACCGCACAAGGUAACAAUUGGUGUGCUUGAUCUUACUUCGACAUUUAUGUAUACAGUUAUACCAAAACUAUCACUUCACGCUUAUCUCAAAGCAACAACAACAAAUACAUCAGACAAACAACUCUUAGCUGGACCAAUAUCAGUUUUCAUGGAUAACAAUUUUGUUACUCAUAGUACAAUUAAUAAUGUGUGUUUGGGAGAUACAUUCGAUCUUCCAUUAGGUACUGAUGCAAGUAUUAAGGUGGAAUAUAAACCAGCAAAAACAAUUGCUGAAACACAAGGUGUCAUCACAAAAACUCAUUAUGAAAAUAUUCGUCGUGAAACACGUCUUAGCAAUACUAAGUUGACAGAUGUAACUGUUUAUGUUUAUGACCAAGUACCUAUAUCAUCAUAUGAAAAGAUCAAAGUGAAAUUAGUUGUACCUGAUUUACGAACAAAACAAGUUAAUUCAAGUUAUAGUGUAAUGAUGAACGAUGAAAAUAAUUUGGAAUGGAAAUGUUUGGUAAAAGCUAAAAGUGAAUGUCGACUACCACUUGAAUAUACAUUAGAAUGGCCAAAAGACAAACGUAUUGAAUUCACAGAAGAAUAA